AUGUCAAUGCACUUUAUGCAAUGGACUGUAUGCCGCGUGUGCGCGUAUGUGUGUGCAGGAGUGCUGGGCAACUGUUGGCUGCUGUCCGCGCUGGCGGUGCUGGCGGAGCGCAGCGCGCUGGUGCGCGGCGUGCUGGUGCGCGGUGAGCCGGCGCGCGGCGCCUACCAGCUGCGCCUGUGCAAGGACGGCCGCUGGCUCACCGUCACCGUCGACGACCUGCUGCCCUGCAACAAGAAGGGCCAGCUCGUGUACUCGCAGGCGAAGCGGAAACAGCUGUGGGUUCCAUUGAUUGAAAAAGCCGUAGCGAAACUGCACGGUUGUUACGAAGCACUUGUCUCCGGAAGAGCUAUUGAGGGGCUGUGCACGCUGACGGGCGCGCCGUGCGAGUCGGUGUCGCUGCAGGCAGGCGGCGGCGGCGCGGGCCCGCUGGAGGCGUUGGACCGUGACCUGGUGUGGGCGCAGCUGCUCUCCUCGCGCCAGGCCUGCUUCCUCAUGGGCGCCAGCUGCGGCGGCGGCAACAUGAAGGUAGACGAGGAGGAGUACCAGCGGCUGGGGCUGCGGCCGCGGCACGCGUACUCCGUGCUGGACGUGGUGGAGCUGUGCGGGGGUGCGGGCGGGGCGGGCGGCGCUCCGCUGCGCCUGCUGCGGCUGCGCAACCCGUGGGGCCACUACACGUGGCGCGGCGCCUGGGCGCACGCCUGCCCGCGCUGGACCGACGCGCUGCGCCGCGCCCUAGCCCCUCACACGGCGCCCGACGACCGCGACCACGGGGUCUUCUGGAUUGCGUUCGACGAUGUGCUCAAAUAUUUCGACUGUAUCGACAUAUGCAAAGUCCGAGUUGGAUGGCACGAAGUUCGGUUGGCGGGUAUUUUGCCACCAAUGUCCUCUACACGACACCUCACGUGCCUGUUACUUACCGCCACGCAACCCACCGAAGUCGACUUUACUCUGUUUCAAGAGGGACAAAGGAAUUCGGCAAAAAGUCAACGCUCGCAACUUGAUCUGUGCGUGGUCGUGUUCAGAACGAAGUCAGGGCCGAAUGCGCAAGUUGGGAAGUUGGUCGCUCACAGUAAAAGGCAGGUGCGCGGGUUUGUGGGGUGCCACAAGAUGCUGGAGAAGGGGUUCUACCUGGUGGUGUGCCUGGCGUUCAACCACUGGCACACGGGGCUGGAGGGCGGCGGGCACGGCGCCUGGCCGCGGCACGUGCUGGCCGUGCACUCCAGCAAGCCUCUGGCCGUGCGCCGCCCGCCGCUGCACCCGCACCUGCUGGCUGACGCCAUCAUCGGCCUCACGCUGGCGCGCGGCCAGCGCCACGAGGGCCGCCAGGGCAUGACCGCCUACUACCUCACCAAGGGCUGGGCAGGUUUGGUAGUGAUGGUAGAAAAUCGCCACACAGACAAAUGGAUACACGUGAAGUGUGACUGCCAAGAAAGCUACAACGUGGUAUCCACAAGAGGGGAGCUGAAGACGAUCGAUUCCGUGCCACCUUUGCACAGACAAGUGAUAAUAGUCCUUACGCAGUUGGAGGGGAGUGGCGGUUUUUCCAUAGCACAUCGCCUUACCCAUCGGCUAGCUGGCGGUGCUCGACUGCAGGACUGGGCGCCACACUCCGACGACGAACCGCGUCAUCGCCCACCGCUGGCCCGUCGCCUCUACGGACUUCAUGCGCCGCGCCUUAUUACCUAG